CCUCAAAGCGCAACACGUACCUUCUUAUGUCCUAAAAACGCGAGCCAAUGAUCGAUUUAAUGCUACACCUGUGAUAAUAUACAUGUGCAUAUAACCUUAAAACACCAUCAACAUGUGUUGACUCUUCGUAAGCUUAUUGGAUAAAAUGAAUUUUAAUUCCCGGAGCAUGCGCAGUCAAGGCCUCCCAGUUAGCGCCCAAGUCUCUGAAAAGAAAUGCUAUGCAUAGUUGUUAUCAGUUUUCUGUGUUCAUUUUAUAAACAGUUGACUACGUCAUGUUAAAAUAAGGUUGCUUUUGGCUUGUGAAUAAGCUGCAGAUUUUCAGUGCAGCUUUCGUCUAUUACAACACUUCCUGUUUCUGUAAAAUGCUGCAGCAUGAGUAACACAGCAGCUAAGUGCUUGCAGAUCCCAUGGGGUCCUUUUCCAGCUGGACACUCACAGUCACUCUUCAAGGCCCUCCUUAGAUGGGACGAUGAAGAAACUGUCAGCGGCCCUGUCCGUCUGUUUCGCCGUGCUUGCAUUCACGAUACUUUACAUCAACCAGUACCAAGACAUCAGGACUACCUUGCUCCGGGUCCCGCCCUUAAACGCCAUACGGCACUACCUCUAUCUCCAGCAGAAUGACACGCUUCUAGAAUCAAUUAAAGGAACAAAUAAAAGUUUAACAGUAGUGACAGCAUUUUUUACCAUUGGAAGCUUUCCUAAAGGGACUUUACAUACAGUUAGAACAUCAAACACUUAUAAUGUGUGGAUGAGAACCUUCCUUUUCAUGAAAAACCCUGUGAUUUUCUACACAGAUAAUAAAACCUACGCAGACUUUUUUGUGGCACUCCGAAAAAAUGCUUCUCUACUGACGGAGGUCGUUCACUUAAAUCGAUCGGAAUUGUGGGCAUUUCAAAUCAUUCCGAAAAUAAAAAAAAUUUACUCCACCCCUGAGUACCCCCCACACUAUCAGAACACGUUUUUUCCGGAAUAUACCAGUCUGACCCACGCAAAGCAGCAGGUGCUCGACAGCGCUGCUCGAAAGAAAGUGUUCGAUACCGACUUCUAUUGCUGGUUGGACGCCGGAUAUUUUAGAGAUAUCGUUCACAGAGAGAAGAAGUUCUGGUUGGAAGUACCGGAUGAUUUUAAUAAAUCUCGAAUCGGGGUAACUCGUGUUUUUUACUCGGAUUUAGAAAGAACUAGAGCACGAACAAUCAUAUUAGGGAACUUAAUUUGGGUAGGGGGAGGAGUUUUCUUGGGUACACCGGAAGUGAUAUCCAGAUUUCACGAUCAAUAUAAAAAAGCUGUGAUGCGAUAUCUAAACCAGGGAAUAAUGAAUGUAGAACAUCAGAUAUUGUACGCUAUGUACACAAAACAAGAAAGACAAAAAUACCCGAUUGAUAUUGAAGUACAAUUAUAUGUGCCCGGACAGCGACAAGUGAUUAACACCAAUCCGUGGUUCUAUUUGGGAUAUGUGAUGUACAGGGAGGGUACUGUGUAGUGAUCAAUUCAUUCUAAGAACGUUCAAAAUCCACAAACAUGUGCCCCAGUCGCAGCUCUGGUCAUGUAUGGGACUUUGUCACUUGGAGAAGAGAAACUCUUCCAGAUUUGUUGCAUCAAAACCAUAAGAACAAUGUAAACUCUGCUGAACUAAUGAUAUUUAAACUGUCACAAGAUAUCAGUUGCUAGGUUGUUGAUAAAUGUAUGAGUAGUCAUGACUUACGUAUACUUUAUCAUUUUAUAUGAAUUGUAGUACAACAAAUAAUUCUAACAGUUCUAUGUU